AUGGACUGGCAAAACGAGAUACUAGUUCAUUACUUACUAGUUACCUGGACACUCAUUGCAAACAAAUCAUCAAGGCAUUUUGAAGACAAUGGUUCUGAGGAGAUCGAUCAAAGAUCUGAGCCACAAAGUGUAACUUCCUAUCUCCAAGGCACCACCAAUAAUCUUAGUUUCCAUUGGAAUUUGACUGUCAUUAAACCUCAUAAGGAGAUUGUUUAUGUGUUGGAUUCUUUAAGUCAUCGCAUUUGUGAUGAAGGUUGGAAAUAUGUUAUGGAAAUGGCGUUAAGAUUAUUUAAUUCGAACAAUGGAAGGAAAGGAAGAAAGCAUGUACAAUGGGAAGUAAUCAAGGCUCCUAGGCAGCCAGAUGCGAAACAAUGUGGUUAUUACGUGAUGAGAUUUAUGAGACAAAUUACUGAAGAAAUUACAAUGAUCGAGGGGGAUACACUACCAUCAAUAAUAAUAUUAUCUUUAUCAUCUCAAAUAAUUAGAAUUAAAUUGAAACAAAUUGGCAAUGUUUCAACAUAG